GGAAGGAGCUCUGGUACCAGCCCCAUUUUUCGAGAAGAAAAGCCUUUGCGCAUCUCUCCGCGAUGGUUCGGAUGCGCGGGCUUUUGCUGCCCUGCGCUGCGGCCUGGCAAAGCCUCGGAGCGCCGGACUUCUUGGCGCUGCGCGACGGCCAGAAAGACUUUUCGGACCUGCCCUGCUUGGAGGACGGUUUGGAGCCGCUGGAUGCUGAAUGGGCGCAGCGGCCUUUUGUGCUGCGGAAGUGCAGGGGCCUGCUGGACCGCCAGGCCGAUCUGGAGAGGGAGGCCUUGCUUGAGGCCGUGAGCGGCACACAGCAGGAGGUGCGGGUGGGAUAUUCCUGGAGCAUCGCCCAGAACCGGGGUGAGGGCCCGAGGAAGAUGCCGCUCGAAGACUACCUUCGCCACGAAAUGCAGACAGGCCUCUACGACGGGGAGACCUUCCUGGAGCCCAAGUACGCCUUCGACAUGGGCCUGAAGCUGCCGGGCAUGCCGGGCCGCGAGGCGAUUCCAAAGGCCAUCCGUGAUUGGAAUGCCUCGUCCUUCUCGGCGGACCAAGCGGUGACUUUGCAGAUGCUGGGGGCCGCGCGGAGCGCGGUGGGCUGGCACAGCCACGGAGCCUCGGUGCAGAUGACCAUCUUUGGGAGGAAGCGGUGGUUCCUGUACCCCAGGGGCCAGUACCCCUGGGGCGACGGCCCGGGCGGCGGCUUCUCCUUGACGGACUGGCUCCAGCUGGUGUACCCCACGCUCCCGGAGGAGCAGAGGCCGCUGGAGUGCGUGGUGGAGGCCGGCGACGUGGUCUACGUGCCGGACGGGUGGUACCACGCCGUGGUGAACCUCGCCGAUACCGUGGCGGCACCCGGUUGCCACUUGGAGGUGAGCUUCCAGAGCCCCCAGAUGGCGCUGGAGCCGCAGGAGGCCUUCAAGGCGAUGUCUUUGCAGAUGGUGCAGGGCCUUUGGCAGGAGCACCCGGACCAAGUGAAGGAGAUCGCUGAAGCAGCGGCGGCCUACUUGGACCAAGGAUUGACCAAUGAUUUGCACGCGCGCCGGGUUCUCUUCUACUGCCUCAUGCAGAUGGAUCCGGACAAGGCCGACAAAGUGAUCCUCGAGGGCGUGGCCCGGGAUCCCUUCCACGUGCCGCUGCAGUUCGAGUUGGCCACCUGGCUGGCGGCCCGCGCCAAGGAAGACGACGCCUCGGCGCUGCGGAGGAUUCGCCAGCUGCUGCCGCAGUGGGAGCCCCAGCUCAUUGCGAACCUGCGGAACCAGAAGGCCAUGUGGAUCUUGAACAAGUUCCACCGCGCUCUUGGGGACGAGCAAACUGCCGAUCGCUACUUCGACCGAUUAGUGGAGCUCAACGAGAAAGGCAUUGACCGCUGAAAAGUCAAAGGCGUCGACCUUGCGCUUGUUCAGGUCGG